UCCCGCAAUAAAUCCAAACUUCAGGCUCACUCCAGAUCCUACUCUCUCUCUCUCUCUGUGUCUAACAUGGACCCAGUCCAACACUUCGUCUACCGACCACCCGAAACCCCAAAGGAGCCCAUGGAAUUCCUCUCUCGCUCUUGGAGCCUAUCAGCACAAGAAGUGUCCAAGGCUCUGGCCCCACCUCACCACCACACGCUGGCCAAGGCCUGCAGCGGCGGCGUUGUCAAAAGUUGCAAUGGCGGCGGCGGUGAAGUUAUAGCGGAGGACCUCGUCGGAGAGGCGGAGGCGGCGGCGGUUUCUGGGAACCCAUUUUCGUUUGCUUGUUCGGAGACUUCGCAGCUCAUCAUGGAACGUAUCAUGUCACAGUCGCAGGAGGUAUCACCACGCACUUCUGGAAGGCUUUCUCACAGCAGUGGACCCUUGAACGGUGGUGGCCUCAGUAAUUGUGGCUCUCUCACUGACAGCCCCCCUCUCUCUCCCUCCGAAAUCGACGACAAGUUUUCUCGUCUGAACUACCAAUUGAAUGCACAGUACAGUUGGGCAGCUACAACUGGUGGCUUCGCCGCUGCCAAUGGUGGAGGGAAGACGGUGGGGAGGUGGUUGAAAGACCGGAGGGAAAAGAAGAAGGAAGAGACAAGAGCUCAGAACGCGCAGCUCCAUGCUGCUGUUUCGGUUGCUGGUGUAGCUGCGGCUGUGGCGGCAAUUGCCGCUGCCACUGCUGCCUCUUCUGUGUCGGGAAAAGACGAGCAUAUGGCUAAAACGGACAUGGCAGUUGCUUCUGCCGCCACAUUGGUGGCGGCACAAUGUGUAGAAGCAGCUGAGGCAAUGGGGGCCGAGCGUGAAAUGCUUGCUUCAGUUGUUGGUUCUGCUGUCAAUGUUAGGUCAGCCGGAGAUAUCAUGACUUUGACCGCCGCUGCUGCCACCGCUCUGCGUGGGGCAGCCACACUGAAGGCAAGGGCACUGAAGGAAGUGUGGAAUAUAGCAGCAGUGAUUCCGGUGGAGAAAGGACUGGCUGGAUUGGCCAUUAAUGGUGGUGGUCAUGGGGGUGGUAGUGGUAACGGCAAUGGUAAUGUAACUGGUAGUAAAACAAGUUCCAAUAGCAGUUUCAGCGGUGAGCUUGUUCCAGAAGAAAAUUUCCUUGGCAUUUGCAGUCGAGAGCUCCUGGCCCGUGGUUGUGAGCUCCUGAAGCGAACUCGCCAAGGCGAUCUUCAUUGGAAAAUUGUGUCUGUUUAUAUCAACAGAAUGGGUCAGGUGAUGCUAAAGAUGAAGAGCAGGCAUGUUGGUGGGACCAUGACAAAAAAGAAAAAGAAUGUGGUGCUGGGAGUUUGUAAAAAUGUCGCGGCGUGGCCCGGCCGCCACUUGCUCGAGGGCGGUGAACACCGUCGGUACUUCGGGUUGAAGACCUUGGUGCGCGGCGUCGUCGAAUUCGAGUGCAGGAACCAGAGGGAGUAUGAUAUCUGGACUCAAGGUGUCUCGAGACUUCUUUCCAUUGCAGCUGAAAGGAAAAGCAAGCAUAGAAUUUGAAGAAGUUUUAAUUGGGAAGGGUGGUGGUAAAAUCGGAAAAAAAAAUAGGGAAUUUGGUAUAGAAUUCAAGGCUAUUAUGAGGCUUUUGGACUAACCAUUAUGUUUUAGAAUAUAUUGUGGGGGGUUGUUUUCUUGGUGUACUUUUUGUAGAAAAGGGAAAAAGUAAAAGUUAUCCAAAUGGGGAGGUGGAUUUCUUUACUUUAGGGGCAGGCAUAUGGUGGUCUUUUUUUAUUUUUUUUUAAUUUUCCUUGAACUGCUAUGUACUAAUGUUUAAUUGGUAGACUGGACAAGAAUCUGGAAAUUGGUAUAGAAUUAAUGGCUCUUGUACUGUAA